AUGGCGUCGGAACAUGCAUACAGAGAAGCAUUUCAACUAUUUGACAAGAAAGGAAACGGAACGAUUCCUUCAGAGGCUUUAGGUGAUUUAUUACGUGCCUUAGGACAAAAUCCUACAGAGGCUGAGGUUGGCGAGCUUGCAAAGAAGGCUGGUAAAGAAGUUACUUAUGACGCUUUUCUUAAAAUUCUAAAUCGUCCUGAUGGAUUUGCACCGGCUGGCACAUACGAAGAUUUCAUCGAAGGGUUUCAAAUCUUUGAUAAAGAUCGAACUGGGUUUAUUGCCGCUUCGGAAUUGAAAUACGUGUUGACAAAUCUCGGUGAAAAACUUACAUCAGAAGAAGUAGAUGAAUUAUUUAAAAAUGUCGAAGUUGACAGUAAAGGAAAUAUUCGAUAUGAAGAUGUUUAUUCUUCAAAACAAAACUUUCCAGGAAAUAUGCCGCCGCCACCAUCAUCACCACCAAGAGCCUCUUCUAAGCAAAAGCUCUCAAACUUUUUGAAGGAAAAAAAUCUGACUGAAGCAUUCACUAGUGCAAUUCUCGCUCCAAAAUAUGGCAUACUCCAGGAAGUUUGGCAUCAGUUAAUCACGGAAUGCAUAAAUUUGGGAAAAACCAUGAUGGGUUUUCGGGUAUUCGCAGAGAUGAAACGAAGAGGAGUUCUACCUAAUGAACAAGAAAUAUACACGACUCUCAUAGAUGGCAUGGCAGCUAAAUGUCACUUCCCUAAUAACCUAAUCUACACUAGCUUUGUGAUAGAUAGCAUGCGAAUAAACGCGAAAGGGACCUCAAUUCGUCCAACUACUGCCCACGGGAACGCGUUAUUAUCCGCGUGUAAUCGCGUGAAUGAUUUCAAGUCGUUACGCGAACACUACGAUCGACUGUUUCGAUCCGGUGAAAUUUCGCCAAACCAUGAAACCUACACGAUAAUAUUUCAUGCGUGUUAUAAAUCUAAAGUUGGACCCGAAGGUUUCAAGUAUGUUUUGGCUCUUUGGAAUGAGUUGACGCAAAAACUUGAGAAACAGAAGCAAGAAGAUAAGAAUUCUGAAAAGAAAGACGAAGAGGGCAAGGAAAAAUUGAUGAUGGAUGAUCAAUUGAUGACUUCAUUUUUGACUUGUUGCAAGAAUAAUGGGGAAACCAAAAAAGGAUAUGAGAUUAUUCAGAAAGCAUACGGGAUCAAUUUGUUAGACAAGCAACCUAUGAUAGUGCCUUCAGAAUACCAUUUACAACUUAGUGCUAAAUCAUUGAAUAUUAUACUUGAAAUAUGUCAUAAAGAUGGUGCUUGGUCAAGGGGAAUAGAUUGUUUUAAACUAGUAAGAAUUAAAUUUCCAACACUGGAAGUCGAUAUUGAAAACGUGAAUACCACGAUCUCGUUAUAUAAUGAAGCAAAAAAUUAUAGAGGAGCUUUUAGCCUGCUUGAAAUUAUUCGUGAUCGGAAAUUGACGCCUAGUGUUCAAACCUAUGCUUCGUUGAUGUUUUCUUGUAAACAAUCUAAAGACUUGACUAUGGCCAAAAACUUAGUCGAAGAAAUGCAGCAGAGACAAAUCACGCCCGAUAGUGCGGUACUAAGCUCGUUAAUUGAUUGCGUUCUUGGACAACCCAAGUUUCAGAUCAAAGAGUUGCAUUGGGCGUUGGAUCGGAUAGAAGGAUUCGGGUUGAAUUUCUCGUUGAUGAGAACCUCUAAACCUCCUAAGCUUCCGAUUAAGAUUGAUAAUUUAAACUUUUUGAGGUCAAUUUCCAACGCGUAUGCUUUGGCUUUGGACAAAGCUGAUGAUCGGUUGUUGGAUGAGAAAUUAGAAUCAUGGACAUUCUUUAAAGAAUUUUAUGAGAAAAGACUUCGAGAUCUCUUAAAGACAAAGGAUAAGAAGGAAGAAGAGAAUGAAGAAAACGAAGUAGAAAAAGUAAGAAUAGAAGCGUUCGAGAUAGAGGAUAAGGAAGAAUCUGAUGCCGAAAUAUUGGCAUCUAAGAAAAUAGGCUCAAGGGUGGGAGUUCAUGGAUAUAAUGAAGAAUCAACACAGAAAUCAGCAAGACAAGAUUAUUUGUCAACUGAUGACGAAAAGUCAAUACGAAAAUCAAAAGUUUCGGCAAAACAAGAUUAUUUAUCAAAAGAUGACGAAAAGCAAAUACGAAAAUCAAAAGGAUCUGUUAAAUAUCAAGAUUACUAUACGGAUGAAGAUGAAGAAGAGUCGAUAAGCUAUGAUGAUUAUACGAAUAGGGAAGAUCGAAAUAUCAGUUUAUCCGGAAAGAGAAUUAAGACUGAUGCAGAAUCUUAUAAUAGAGGAAGAACAAAAUUGCAGUUUGAUCCUCAUGAAAGAUUUAGAUCACGCGAGGACAAAUACGAAAAAAAAAGUUAUCGCGAUGAAGAAUUCGACUCGAGAGCAAAGAAAACACAGAGAUAUUUGGAAGACGAACGAGAAAAUACUAAAUACAAUGAAUUCGGGGGAUCAAAAUCGAACACUAGAUAUCGCGAGGAUGAUUCAUCUGGAUCAGGUUUUGAAAAAAGAGAAAAACCAAAGUAUUCGGGAUAUAAUAAGGAUGACAAUGAUAAUUAUUCGAAAUCCAAGGGUAGACCCAGUUAUGCCGAUAAAAUUCAAGCAAAUAGAUUCAAUACAGAGGUAGCAGACCAAAGAACAAGAACCCAUGAAUCAACACAAGGAUAUUCUAGAUCAAGAUUCCGCGAACAAAAAAACGAUGAAGGAAGACCUUCUAGAUCAAGAUUCUUCGAACAAGAAAAUGACGAAGGAAAGCCUUUUAGGUCAAGUUUUAGGGCUAACAAUAAUAAUAGACAAUUUAGAUCAGAAAAAAACGAGGAUGAUGACGAUGGUGAUAUCAAUUAUCGCAAAUUUAACUCUCCUACAAGUUAUGAAAAAAGACAAUCACCAAGAUCGAGAAUUGAUGCAAAUAGAGUUCCAAAAGUGUUCCAACCAGAUCCAAGGGAACGAAGAGGUGGUUCAAACUUCCGCGAUUCAGGACCGCCAUCACGAUUUAAUAGAAGUAGUGGUAAUAGCAAAUUUGAUUAUGAUGAAAGACCUAAAAGACCACCUAUGCGACGCGAUUAA